AUGUCGUCAACAGCGGCCCAGGAGGGAGUAUUAGGGUCGAGUGAACUGGACAGUGAGAGUUCGAGUGUUGGAGAUGAACGCGACACCCGUCAAAAACGAACGCGAGAGGACACCGACUCCAGUAGUCCAAAGAAACGGAGGAAGCAGACGACACCUGUGCGAGUGCCAACAUCGCUGUCAACCCCCAACGAAAGACCGGAAUCCGAGGAGGACUUUGAAGACGAGGGAGACGUGAAUGGUAUCAACAGACCAGACGAUCCGACCGAUUACAAAGUUAAGACCCCGGAGGAGCAGUCCACCCCCGCAGGAGAGGAAAAUCCGAGCGCCGAAUUCGAUAAUGAGGGCAUCAACAGUCCGGCCUCAUCAGGGCCUAGUACCCCCUUCCCAAGCAACGUCAGAAUAAAACUUGAAACACAGAUUCAGGAGGACACCGAGAACCCCAUGAACCUCUCUAGUCUCAGUAUAAAGAAUUUCGCCAGCUCAUGGCUGUCCGGUCACUCCCAGCUUCAACAGCAGGAGGUCACAGACUGGACUGGACAGAAUCCCGUGGCAUCAGUCGCCAAUCAUUUAUCCGGUCUACCCUUUCCCGGGGCCCUCGCUCAGUACCUCCCACUCCCGGGAUUCUCACUGGAUCCUGGUCAACUUCCACGACUUCCAGUUGGCCCAGCGCCCAUAAGAAUCUUCAACCCCGACGCCUACUGUGAUCUCUGUAAUAAAGAGUUCUGCAAUAAAUACUUCCUCAAAACGCACAAAGCCAAUAAGCAUGGAAUCUACGUUGACACGCCGCAGCAGAACUCGAGUGACAAUAAUGGGAUUCAUUACUCUAAUUUACCGUUUUCUAUGGGGAUUGGUAAAAUUGAUCAAUCGCUACCGCCACCACCACCCCCACCACCAUUAAAAAUGGAAAUGCCUGUGACACAAAUGAUGUCCUGCGAAGUCUGUCAGAAGCGAUUCAAGAAUGACGAGUCCCUCCGCAAGCACAAGCAAAGAUGCCACAUGGAGGGUUCUCAGAGUGAUCUACAGUCGGAUUCACAAGGGGCUAGGGACUAUAACUCAGCCCUCGGAGGCGAUGACAAAGAUGUCGCGAGAAGUAGUCCCAGUGCGAUGGAGUCCCUCUUUAAACAGGAGUAUGGGGUAGAACAGGAGGAUACAAAGUUCAUGCCAGCCCCGAGACACUUGUCCCCGCAAUCGAGUCAGCAAGCUCGCGAGUCGGGUUUCAGUAUCGAUAGACUUCGACGAUUAGGAGUGCUGAAUAUCGAGGCAUUCUGUGAAAUAUGUUGUAAAGAGUAUUGUAACAAGUAUUUCCUGCGAACGCACAAGAUGAAGAGACACGGGAUAGUCAUUCAGGACAAUGAGAAAUCGCCGAGUAAUCCCGGAGCUGCGGCUACCUGGCAUCAGAUUCAAACGAGUCCGCUCAAUCUCAUUGUCACAGACAGCAAUCCAGGGGGUUCCGAGUCCAAUGAUAAGUCGGAAGAGUAUGAAUGCAAAUCUUGUGGGAUUAAGUUCCAGACGCACGGGCUUUACCGCAUACAUCGAGCGAAAAUGCAUGAAGUGAGUGAUGAUGAGAAGUCAACGAAGCAAGACGGUGAGGAAGAACGCACGGAUUCGAUCUCGGAGGACCUCCAGAAGCUGCAGACAAUGAUUCUGCAGUUGAAUGGCUUGGAUUCCAGUAAAACAGCGACUUGUGAAAUUUGCGGGAGAGAGUGUGAAAACAAAUUAGCCCUGAAGACUCACAUGACUCUGGAACACGCGGGUCAUCUGCAAGACGAACAGCCGUUGUCACCAGGCCAAUUAGUCGAGAGUUCGUCCAACAAUGCUGCUGGGAGUACGUCAUUCUGCUCAAUUUGCGAAAAGGACUUUUCGAGCAAUGAAGCAUUGAAGCAGCACAUAGUGGAGGAUCACAGUCAGCAGUCGUCACCGAUGCUGAAGAGCUCACUUGGUUCCAAUAACUUACAAAAUCAUCCUGUCCUUCCAGGGACCCAGUCAUCCUUGCUCCCGCCAACGUCGUCAGGCCCCCCAGUCCCACCGAUUCCUCCACCACCGGACAAGAAGCUUUCGUCAUUGACCCCGACAUCCAGCUACUGCGAAAUUUGUAAUAAAGAACUUUGCAACAAGUACUUCAUGAAGACUCACAUGCAGAGGAUGCACGGCAUCGAGAUUGAGAACGGUUCGCAGAUAGGUGGUGUUAUCUGCAAUAUAUGUAACAAGGAGUUGUGCAGUAAAUACUUCCUCCGAGUUCACAAACACAACACCCACGGAAUAAUCGACGAGGCAACUCCGGUGAACAGUAGUAAACAAGAGAGCUUUGAAGCACUACCGAACAUCGAUGACACAGCGCUGAAGCCUGACCACCUGGGCGAUCUCAGUCACCGAUACUUCACGCAUUUCAACGAAGUCUGUCCGAUCUGCAAUCGACGGUUCAGGAGUAUCAAAUGGCUGAAGGCGCAUCUUCAGGGUGAUCAUGGGAAGCCAGGGGUUGACAAAUGGCGUGAGUUGGAGCAGCAGUAUCAGAAUGCACCUAGAAUCAGACCGGGGCCGACAGGUUCCUCUAGCAAACUGGCGCAGCAGAACCCGAACAUCAAAAUCCCGAAUGGCUUAGACAUCAGCCAGAACAUGAAAGCUGGUGAAUACGGAGGCUUGGGGAAUCAGGUGCUCUCCACACUAUUCGGAGGCAACGAGGAGCAGCAGAACAAGAACUACAGAUGCUCCUACUGUAGCUUCACAACACCUGUUCUACCGUUUUUAUUCCUUCACGAGAGAUCACACAUGACGAAUCAGGAGGGGAUAACCACUGAGAGCAAUCUCCAGUGUCCGAUUUGCUCUCAGACGUUUCCACAACCGGAGUCCCUGCACCAUCAUCUAGUCGUUCGUCAUCAAUUCUCGAAUUUACUGUCUCAAUAUCAACAGCUGAUGGGCAGUGAUUCAAGAACCGAUGCCCAGGAGCGUCACGACGAUCAGAAGGAAGUGGAGCUGAAGGACGAACGGUCCGUCGACAGCCAGGGAAACUCACCCAUUCAACCAACAGAAUCGUCAAAAAAUCAGAAAGAAGAGUCCGGUGUUGUUCACGUAACAGCUCAGGGUGCAUACAAAUGCGCUGAGUGUGGUUUUGCAACGGCUAAUCUUCACCGAAUAAAGACACACGUGAAGAAGAAUCACAAGGCGAAGGGUGAUCCGACGGAGAGUGUUAUUGCUGAACUCAGUAAGACUCUUCGUGAGGUAGCUAAUAAGCACAAAGUACCUGCUAGUUACGCAAUGCCACAGGAUAUGAACUCAAACCCAGAUGCUACUAUCAUGCAACCGUUCAUCCUUGAGGAGCGGAAUUUUACAUUUGGCGAUGAAUCCUCCAGCAAUGACAGGCGAUUCGCACCAGCUCUGGUUUAUCUGCCGGUACGUACACGUAUCAACGGUGUCAUGACUGCUUCCUUUACCCUUAGUCCUGCCUCGAUCAUCUCGUAG